CAACCCACAAAGAAGGCAGCAAAAACAACCUUCGCGUAGUGAAAAAUCGAAACUUGCCAGCGCACACAGAAAUUUGUACGAGGCGAAAAUCUCUCCGGGAAAACAGGGAAAUAUGGUUCCGCCAGCUGGCUUGUGCGGCCGCUGGGUGGCCCUAGGUCUGUUGCUGGUUCUAUGCGUGGGAAGUGCCGUCGGACGGCGUCAUCAUCUGGAAGUUCGGGAUGAUUUACGACGAUACAUUCCGCUCAGUACGUUCGGGUUCUACUCGGGAGGCAUUCUGGACGUGAAGGUGACGGAUUUCCGGGUCGAGCCGGGGUCGGAGAAUUACAUUUUUGGCCUCUCGCUGGACAAGACACUGUCGGACGCGAUGAAUCCGUACCUGGACACGCACCAGGAUAUCUGCAUUCUGAGGGAUCCGAUUGGGAACCUGCGCAGCGGACCGAUCGUCUUUUUCGUGAUGGAUCUGAAGCAUGAAGUCGUCCACCUGAACUGUUCGAGCGAGUGGCAGAACGUGCACAUCUACCGCGACCAGAAGCAGAUUCCGGCUCUACGUUCGAAGCGCCAAUCUUUCGCCAAGGUCAGCGACUCCAAGUCGAUGUACAUGCAACGGCGAAAACGUCGCGAUGUUGCGUCGCCGGUGGCCGGCGAGUCCGCCGGGGCUUCGGUUUGCCGCAACUUUAACCUCUCGCUGAGCUGCGAGAAGCGCGACCCGUUCAAGUACUGCAGCUUUAAUUUCGCAGUCUGGGUCGCGAGCAAGGCCGAGGAGGGUCUCUACAACCUGUACUUCCACAGCUGCCCCAACUACGACCUGAGCAACCUCUACCCGCUCCAGUUUGACGUCACCAUCGAGGAAAACAACAGCGGGAACUAUCUCUCCGCGGGGGAAAUGCCCCUCCCAGCACUCUACUUCAUGAUGUCGCUGCUCUUCUUCCUGUCCGGCCUGUUCUGGGUGUUUAUCCUGCGCAAGAGCAAACAUCCGGUAUUCAAGAUCCACUACCUGAUGGCGGUGCUGGUGUUCCUGAAGUCGCUCUCGCUCAUGUUCCACGCCAUCAACUAUCACUUUAUCGAGACGCAGGGCGAGCACGUCGAGGCGUGGGCCAUCCUGUACUACGUGACGCAUCUCCUGAAGGGAGCGGUCCUGUUCAUCACGAUCGUCCUGAUCGGCACCGGGUGGACCUUCAUCAAGCACAUCCUCGCGGACAAGGACAAAAAGCUCUUCAUGAUCGUAAUUCCGCUGCAGGUGCUGGCGAACGUGGCGGAGAUCAUCAUCGCCGAGAGCGAGGAAGGCGACAAGGAGCACAGCACCUGGCGGGACAUUUUCAUACUGGUGGAUUUGCUGUGCUGUGGGGCGAUUCUGUUUCCGGUGGUUUGGUCGAUUCGGCACCUGCAGGAGGCAGCCGGGACGGACGGGAAGGCGGCGAUUAAUCUGAGGAAGUUGAAGCUGUUUCGGCAGUUUUACAUCAUGAUCGUGUGCUACAUCUACUUUACCCGGAUCAUUGUGUACUUGCUGAAGGUAAUUGCUAGUAACAACUCAUCGACACCCAAUCGCUACAUCCACGCUGGCUCAGGCCGGCCAACCGACGACGCCCCCGCAGGGAAUGGAAAUCACACGAUUGGAUCGCUUUCCCUGGAAUCGAUGCGGCGACCCUGCCCGACGUAUGCCCGGGCACCAAAUCUGGGCGCGCUCACCUUCGCACGUGGAUAUUCAACAAAAUGGCGGCUGGAGGACUACAGCUUCUGCAGCAGUGGAUCGAUCAGCGGUGGACGAGCGGUGCAGCAGGAGAACCGGCUGGAAGCCGGUGCGGUCCGUUCAUUUCGGCGGGAUGCUGGAAUGACGGCGGGUCACGAAGACCGGGCCGUUUGA